AUAUAUGUCAUAACCAAAAAGUAUUUGUUUUAUGCAAGUGUUCUCCAAUCAAGUGGUCACACUUUGGUUCAAUUCCACUACUUGGAUAAACAAUUAAGAAAAUUUGAUUUCCAAGUGUCUUCCCCUCCCUAGCUUAGGUCGAACUAUAAAUAUGGGAUUCUCGCCGAGGAUUUUGUGCACUCAUAUUAAUACUUUAUCAAAAAAGAGAGUCUUAUUUGCUAGAAAAUUUCAUAAGUUAUUACAUAUUGAAUUCAAUGGGUUCAUCACACUAUUACUACUUUGUGUUUUCAAAAUUAGUGGGUGUUGUGGUAGUAGUGGGCGCAGCCCUCUGCUUGGCUGAUGAUGUGUAUAUUGGCACAAGAGCAACCUACUAUGGAAGCCCUGAUUGCAAUGGAAAUCCUACUGGAGCGUGUGGAUAUGGAGACUAUGGAAGGACGGUAUACAAUGGGCAGGUCAGUGGAGUCUCCAGACUUUUCAGAAACGGCUCUGGCUGCGGUGCCUGCUACCGGGUUAGAUGCAAAAUUGCAGCACAUUGCAGCGACGAAGGAACAGAGGUAGUGGCGACGGAUUACGGUGAGGGUCAUUACACAGACUUCAUAUUAAGCACGCGCGCCUAUGCUAAUUUGGCUAAGCCUAACAUGGCUGCCGACCUCUUCGCCUACGGCGUCGUUGACGUCGAGUACCGACGGGUCCCCUGCCGAUACGCCUCCAACCUCGUCGUCAAAGUUCACGAACGAAGCUCCUAUCCUCAUUACUUGGCCAUCCUACCUAUCUACCAAUCAGGAAUCAACGACGUCACUGCUGUCCAAAUAUGGCAGGAGGAUUGCAAAGAAUGGAGGGAAAUGCGAAGGGUAUACGGAGCAGUGUGGGAUCAUCAAAACCCACCAUUGGGGGCGGCGAUAAGCUUGAGAAUGCAAGUGGUGGGCGGCGCAAACGCAGAGGCCAAGUGGGUGCAGCUUUCAAGUGUCAUCGCCGCCGAUUGGAAAGCUGGACUUACAUAUGACGCUGCCAUUCAACUCAAUUAAUCCUCCCACCUACCUACCUAUAUAUAACUUUGAUAUCUCACUAGAAAGAAUUUCGUGUUUUCGUAUAUUGUGUUUUGUGUAUGUUUACGUAUAUUAUACUCUAUAUAUAUAUGUGUGUGUGUGUGUGGAAUCUGAAUAAGAGAAAUAAAUUUUAAGCUUUUGCUA